AUGGGACCCACUGUCCUAUACGAGUUGCUCCAGGCUCGACUGGUUGACGUCUUUGCCGACACGCGCUUAUCACGCAUCCGCGCACUCAUCAAGCCCGGCGGGCUCGGCGUCCGACGUCCGUCUCAGAUGCUCCGCGAGAUGCGGGAAUCUGUAGCAGGCGGUCUCAGUGAGCAGUUGCUCACAGAUCUCUGGCUCCAGAAACUUCCUGCGAACGUCCACGCGGUCACGCGUACCUCGAUGGUCCGCCCGAUAUGCUCGCGUUACGAGCUGACCGGGCUCUGGAGGCCUGUUCGUCACGGAUCGACACCGCGUCCGCAUCCGCCACUACCUCUUAACCCGACCGCCGAAGUCGUUUGGAUAGGCUCAAGGAUGGUCUCGAGUCACUUACGCGUCAUUUCGACCGAUUCCUUCGUCGCCUCGUCCGUCCGAGUACUCGUAGGCACGUCCGCCUAG